AUGCGGGAAAAAAUGGUUAAAGGAUGUCAGGGAAUGAAGGGGACGGCGCUGAUAUGCACUCGGCCACCUGCCACCUGCCUGGCUCGGGGGAAGCGCUCCGCCGACUGCGUCCUCAGGAGGACCCUGACAGGUGACGGUGACAUUGUAAAUAAUAUGUAUGAGCCUGACCCGGACCUGCUGGCUGGCCAGAGUGCCGAGGACGAGACCGAGGACAGCAUCAUGUCCCCCAUCCCCAUGGGGCCACCAUCCCCCUUCCCCACCAGCGAGGACUUCACUCCCAAGGAGGGCUCGCCGUAUGAAGCCCCUGUCUACAUUCCUGAAGACAUUCCGAUCCCACCAGACUUCGAGCUCCGAGAGUCUUCCAUCCCAGGGGCCGGCCUGGGGAUCUGGGCCAAGAGGAAGAUGGAAGUCGGGGAGAGGUUUGGCCCUUACAUGGUGGCGCCCCGGGCUGCGUUGAAGGAGACAGACUUUGGAUGGGAGCAAAUACUGACUGAUACGGAAGUGUCGUCCCAAGAAGGCUGCAUCAAAAAGAUCUCUGAAGACCUGGGCAGUGAGAAGUUCUGUGUGGAGGCUAAUCCGGGUGCUGGUAGCUGGCUCAAGUACAUCCGGGUGGCUUGCUCCUGUGAUGACCAAAACCUCACCAUGUGUCAGAUCAAUGAGCAGAUUUAUUAUAAAGUCAUUAAGGACAUUGAGCCGGGCGAGGAGCUGUUGGUGCACGUGAAGGAAGGCGCCUACUCCCUCGGUGCAGUGCCGCCCAGUCUGGAUGAGGAGCCCACGUUCCGCUGUGACGAGUGUGACGAGCUCUUCCAGUCCAAGCUGGACCUGCGGCGACACAAGAAGUACGCAUGUGGCUCAGUGGGGGCCGCACUGUACGAGGGCCUGGCUGACGAGCUCAAGCCUGAGGGUCUCAGCAGCGGGGGCAGCGGGCAGACCCACGAAUGCAAGGACUGCGAGCGGAUGUUCCCCAACAAGUACAGCCUGGAGCAGCACAUGAUCAUCCACACAGAGGAACGCGAGUACAAGUGUGACCAGUGCCCCAAGGCCUUCAACUGGAAGUCCAACCUCAUCCGCCACCAGAUGUCCCAUGACAGCGGCAAGCGCUUCGAAUGUGAAAACUGUGUGAAGGUGUUCACCGACCCCAGCAACCUGCAGCGGCACAUCCGCUCACAGCACGUGGGUGCCCGGGCCCACGCCUGCCCAGACUGUGGGAAGACCUUCGCCACGUCCUCUGGCCUCAAGCAGCACAAGCACAUCCACAGCACAGUCAAGCCUUUCAUAUGUGAGGUCUGCCACAAGUCCUACACGCAGUUCUCCAACCUGUGCCGGCACAAACGCAUGCACGCCGACUGCCGCACGCAGAUCAAAUGCAAGGACUGUGGGCAGAUGUUCAGCACGACCUCCUCCCUCAACAAGCACCGGCGCUUCUGCGAGGGCAAGAACCACUAUACGCCAGGCGGCAUCUUCGCCCCGGGCCUGCCCUUGACCCCCAGCCCCAUGAUGGACAAAGCGAAGCCCUCCCCCAACCUCAACCAUGCAGGCCUGGGCUUCGGGGAGUACUUCCCCUCCAGGCCACACCCUGGGGGGCUGCCCUUCUCCACUGCCCCUCCUGCCUUCCCCACACUCACUCCUGGCUUCCCAGGCAUCUUCCCUCCAUCCUUGUACCCCCGGCCGCCUCUACUACCUCCCACGCCGUUGCUCAAGAGCCCCCUGAACCACACCCAGGAUGCCAAGCUCCCCAGCCCCCUGGGGAACCCAGCUCUGCCCCUCGUCUCUGCAGUCAGCAACAGUGGCCAGGGCACCACGGCCGCCACUGGGCCGGAGGAGAAGUUUGAGAGCCGCCUGGAGGACUCAUACGUGGAGAAGCUCAAGACCAGGGGCAGUGACAUGUCUGACGGCAGUGACUUUGAGGACAUCAACACCACGACGGGGACCGACCUGGACACAACCACGGGGACUGGCUCAGACCUGGACAGCGACGUGGACAGUGACCGCGACAAGCUCAAGGACAAAAGCAAGCCGGUGGAGGGAAAGCCUGAGUAUGGAGGGGGCUCAGCGCCCUCGGUGGCCCCGAACAGCGUGGCCGAGGUGCCCGUCUUCUACUCCCAGCACUCGUUCUUCCCGCCGCCGGAGGAGCAGCUGCUAACUGCGUCGGGGGCGGCGGGAGACUCCAUCAAGGCCAUCGCGUCCAUCGCGGAGAAGUACUUUGGCCCCGGCUUCAUGGGGAUGCAGGAGAAGAAGCUGGGCUCCUUACCCUACCACUCGGUGUUCCCUUUCCAGUUCCUGCCCAACUUCCCCCACGCCCUCUACCCCUUCACGGACCGAGCCCUAACCCACAACUUGCUGGUCAAGGCUGAGCCAAAGUCGCCCCGGGAUGCCCUUAAGGUGGGCGGCCCCAGCGCUGAGUGCCCCUUCGAUCUCACCACCAAACCAAAAGAGGUGAAACCUGUCCUGCCCACCCCCAAAGCCCCCUCAACCCCGGCGUCCAGUGAGGAGCAGCCGCUGGACCUGACCAUCGGGGCCCGGGCCCGCCCCAGCCAGAACGGGGGUGGGCGGGAGCCCCGGAAGAACCACAUCUACGGCGAGCGGAAGCUGGGGGCUGGCGAGGGGCUGCCCCAGGUGUGUCCAGCGCAGCUGCCCCAGCAGCCCUCCCUGCACUACGCCAAGCCCUCGCCCUUCUUCAUGGACCCAAUCUACAGGGUAGAAAAGCGGAAGGUGACAGACCCCGUGGGAGUCCUGAAGGAGAAGUACCUGAGGCCAUCCCCGCUGCUGUUCCACCCCCAGAUGUCAGCCAUCGAGACCAUGACAGAGAAGCGAGAGAGUUUUGCAGCCAUGAAGGCUGACUCGGGGAGCUCUCUGCAGCCCCUCCCCCACCACCCCUUCAACUUCCGAUCCCCACCCCCAACGCUCUCGGAUCCUAUCCUCAGAAAGGGCAAGGAGCGAUACACAUGCAGGUACUGUGGAAAGAUCUUCCCCAGAUCAGCCAAUCUCACAAGACACCUGAGGACGCACACAGGGGAACAGCCAUACAGGUGUAAGUACUGCGACCGCUCCUUCAGCAUCUCCUCCAACCUCCAGCGGCACGUCCGGAACAUCCACAACAAGGAGAAGCCGUUCAAGUGCCACUUGUGCAACCGGUGCUUCGGGCAGCAGACCAACCUGGACAGACACCUCAAGAAGCACGAGCACGAGAGCGUGCCAGUGAGCCAGCACUCCGGGGUCCUCACGAACCACCUGGGGACCAGCACCUCCUCCCCCACCUCCGAGUCGGACAACCACGCACUUUUAGAUGAGAAAGAAGACUCCUAUUUCUCUGAAAUCAGAAACUUUAUUGCCAACAGUGAGAUGAACCAAGCGUCCCUGCGAACAGACAAACGGCCAGAGAUCCAGGACCUAGACAGCAACUCCCAGUGCCCCGGCUUUGCCAGCGAGAAGCCAGAGGACGCAGAAGAGGAGGAGGAAGAUGAAGAGGAGGACGAUGAGGACAGUCUGGCAGGGAAGUCGCAGGACGACACUGUGUCCCCCACACCUGAGCCCCAGGGCGUCUAUGAAGAUGAGGAGGAUGAGGAGCCUCCCACCUCCCUGGCCGUGGGCUUCGACCAUACCCGAAGGUGUAUUGAGGAGCAAGAAGGCGGUCUGUUAGCUUUGGAGCCGAUGCCGACUUUUGGGAAGGGGCUGGAUCUCCGCAGAGCAGCUGAGGAAGCAUUUGAAGUUAAAGAUGUGCUUAAUUCCACCUUAGAUUCUGAGACUUUAAAACAGACACUGUACAGGCAGGCUAAGAACCAGGCGUAUGCAAUGAUGCUGUCGCUUUCUGAGGACACUCCUCUCCACACCUCCUCCCAGAGCUCUCUGGACGCUUGGUUGAACAUCACGGGAGCCACGUCGGAGUCCGGAGCCUUCAACCCCAUCAACCACCUCUGAUGGCCAGGAGGCCCCGGGGUCAGAGUCAGAGGAGGGCAGGAGGGCACCAGCUGCAGAAGAUGGAGGCCAGGGCCAGGGCCAGGAGAAGCCCCUUGCCACCUGCGUUUGGCCACUCCUCAGCAUCUCUCCCUCACCUGCCAUGGUUCAAGUCUAACUUUUCCAAUGAGAACUCAGAACCCAAAAGUUCCUAAAACAGCCAUAGAGUUUCACCAUCUCUAAGAAUUGGUCUUGAGGACACCAUAUCGCACACGGCUGGCAGGCUGUCCAAGCACAGCUCGGGGGGAGCUGCCUCACGGGAUCCACCCAGUGGACGAGGGCGGAAGCGUAACCCAAAACUGCAGCUGACGGGCCGCCUCCUCACCUGCAGGAUAUCUAGCAAGGGAGUGGAUAGACACAGUCGCGCUCUAAAGAGAGAGAUGGCUCCAAUGAUUUUUAUAAUGAAAAUUACAAGAAUAAGCCUUUUCAUAACCGUAUUGACUACAGAGUCUAUUUAAGCAUGUGGUUUUAAAAAUAGACAGUAUUUUUUAAAAAUCAAAAAAAAAAAAGACUUGCAAAUUGUUUUUUAAAAGUAAUUUUGCAUUGCUUUGAAAAGUCAGCUUAUUUGCAAACCCAGAUCUGCCUGGGAACCAGUGCAGAGCUUGGGUGUGUUCUUUAUACUGUAGAUAAUGGAGAAAUUUUCUAUCUCUGACCCUGUUUGUACAAGCCAAGGUGAUUCUGGGUGCCCCCGAGGCAGAGCAAGGGGCGUGGGGCCACUCCUCUGAACAGUGUGCAGACUGUCCUGAGGGAUCCUUAGACAUGGUGCCCUGGACUGCAGGUUGCUUGAGGCUGGGCCUGGGAGGCAUGCCUGCCAUGUGUGACAUGUCAUUCAUGCCAGAGCCCCCAUGCAGUCUCCAGAAGAAUCUGCAGGCCCCCACUCAAGACCCCCCAAUUGUAUGGGGAAGUCGGAGGCCGGUGACUCAGGUCCUCCAUGCAAAGGUGUGGCCAGGCACUGAUGUUCCUUCUCUCCUCAGCCUCCCCUGUGGCAGCCCCUCCUGCCAUUCUGAGAGCAGGGCCUGUGGCCACAUCUGGGUCUCCAGCCUCCUGUUCUCACUGACCCCUGGCAGCACCAAUGCCCUCCUGUGGCUGCCAUGGGAAAGUGCUCCGCAGCUCACUGCCCCCGGCCGCCAAGCUCGACCUGUGCCUAAGACUCUGGAUCUAUGAUGCCAUCGCCACUUCGGCUCUUUGCGCAGGUUCUUGGCAAGACAUGGCUCAAGAACAGAAGGUGACCACCAGGAAACCGCCACAAAGAGCAGAGACAGCACAGCCCCCGGGGACGGUCGCCUCCCUCCCUUGGGCUGUGCCUACUUCUCCAUUCGGAUGGGCUUUAAAUUAUUCCCAUAGGGGCCAAUUUCAAGUAACUUUUUCCCUGAUGGAAUUUACCUUAAUCUGUAUAUAACUUGUAAUUUUUUCUAAUUCAUUUCUUUUCUUAUUUUAUUUCUUCCUUAACAGUAUUUUUGGCAUUAGACAUUCUUAUUGUGAAGAAAUAAUGUUAAUAUAAGUAUAUAGUGAAGGACCAAAACCGUGUAAUAAGGUUGUGUGUUGUGUGAUCGAUAACCAGGGAGUGGGGCGAUUUUUAAUGUGCCAAAUACCCCUGCGUCCCCCCCACCGAAUCCUGCUGUCACUGCUGCCCACUUACCAGACAAUCAUAUGUUUUUGUUAAAUUUGAGUUUCAGUUGCAUUUGCAUUUAAGACAAGCAUUCUAUUUAUUUCAUUUAUUGUUUGGAAGAAAAAAUAAUAGUGUCCCAGCAAGAAGAGGGAAAAUAAUUGCCCUGUUGCCCUUAAAAAAAAAGAAGAAGAAGAUGACAAAGAAGAGCAUAAAUUCAAACAAUCGAGCAAGCCACGCUGGUGUGAACUGGUGUCACGUCAUGGACAUCUCCUCCGUGUUUGUCCCCGUGGGUGUCAGGAAGUGUCCAAGCGGGCACUUUUCACACACAUCCGGGCCACUUCAGGCCAAAGACAAUCGUCUCUGUAGGUGCAGGGCGGUCCAGGCGUGCCCUGGGACUCACAACAGGGAGGACCCAGAGGGUGGCACAAGCUAUGCAUCCCCAGGAAAGGGAUUCACCCCUCGCUCAAUCAGCACAAAGGGGCAAGACACAGAGCCUUCCUGUGCGUACGCUGAGGCCAGGGCAUGCCUGCACAGCCUGGGAAGAUGCCUUUGGGCAGCAGGGGAAUCAGCAUGCUGAAGAGCUGGCCAGGGCCACGUCACCAGUCAAGACCUGCAAAUACAGCCACUCACACCACUCAGGAGUGUCUGCAACACCCCCUCGGCCAGAGCCACCAGGUACCGCAUAGGAAUCUCCAAAUUCCCCUUGAUCUCGAUGGGAUCCGCGUCAAAAUUCAGCUUCAGAUACAAACUCCCCAUUUCUGUACAUUCAAAUUAUAUGAUUUCUUCUGUGAAAGGAUAAGAUGUGUGCCUUUUUUUUUUUUCCAAUAUGACUCUAAAAUUGGGAAGUUUUGAUGGACGGAAACUGAAGUGUAUCUUUUUAGUGGUAGCAGAACAGAGAAGGGGGUCCCCUUCCAUAACAUUUGGGAGUUUCCUGUUAAGCUCUGUCAUUUUUGGCUUAUCUUCCUAAGCAUUCGCUCUUCUCUCGCCAUUCUCCUCUUCUCCCCUCCCAAAAACCCUGGUCGCACACUUUUGAUAUAUUUUUGUUCCCCUGAAACUGAUGGUAGCAAACCCAGUUUCUCUUAAACAUUCAGACCCUUGGGGCCCA